AUGAACGUCGUUAGGCGAACCACGAGAAGAGCGCCGACGACAGCCACCAACUACCGCACGAGCGACAUAAAGCAUAAACACAAUUUUGGUAAUGCGGGUGACGUCUGGACAUGCGUGUUGACAAUGACAUCAACCUGCGCUGAAAUUGGUCACUCGAAAUAUUUCCAUGGUGAUGACCGGGUGUCACGUGAUGAAAGUGCUAUCACGUGGUUGCCUGUACUUCCAACUUAUAUUCUGAAAUAUUUCUGCAAGAGUAAUAAUGAAGAACCGAACCACACAAAUACCAACCACAUUCCUCUGGUUGAUGUUCCCGACGAUUCAUUGGAAUGGGAUCACAUCCUCACAUCCACAUUCUUCACGUCAUGUCACCAGUAA